GUCUUUUCGAGGCUGCGGACCAAAUGCACAUCGAGGAAGCCAAAGACCACCCGAGCUUCAUUUCGCGUCUCUUGCCCACCAGAGGAGCCUACAGUCCAGCUCAGAACUACAAAAAUGAGUCAAGUUUGUCUCUUAGACUCUGACCGUCUCUCCGCUCUCCUCCGCGACGCUUUGCCAUGGAGCGACAACGUAUCGUCACUUAUGGUCUCUGCUACAAAUGGCUCGAUCCUCGCCUACGCUUACAGGGACACGACUCCCUCAAUUAAAGAUAUGCGCACACAGUCAACAACAAUGACAGCAGCUUAUACAGUAGCCUCCGAAGAUAUAUUGGUGUUUGAAGCGCAAAACACAGGUGCCAUCUCUGUCAUUACACCCAUCGCGGACCACAUUCUCCUGGCUGUGACCGGGCCUGAACCCAAGAAACCGAAAUCUGUGCAAAACGGUCAUCUGGAAGAUGCUGAACAUGCUUCGGUUGGAACUGAAGAAAGCCAUGAAGAGGAGGGACAAACCGACGAGGAUGAGGGGCACCACCAAAUACGGACAGAUCUUGAGGUUGUCAGUCAGGAGCUCGCUCGCGUAUUGAGAGAAGAGCUGUCGAAGCUAAAGUGGCCCGAGGAGAUAUGACGGUUCGUCUUCCCAAAAACCUGGGUGAUCAGAACUUCCGGCAAACAGCUAUUGUCGUUCCAGACUGUUCAGUUGGAUGGAGGUUCUGAUUGCACUCACACUCUAGAGGCUU